AUGGCCACCCAGACAAUUACCCAAGCCGAGCCUCCUUUAGAGAAAUAUGUCCAUCUCCCUGAAAGCCAGCAACCGCUGGACUACGUGGACCUCACCACAAUCGACCUCUCCCUCUAUGACACCCCAGGCGGCAAACAAAAGCUAGCCACACAACUCAAACAAGCCGCGCACGAAGUCGGCUUCUUCUACGUAACCAACUUCGGCCUCACCCAAACCCAACUCAACCGCCAAUACGCCAUCGGCCGCGACCUCUACGCCCUCCCCAUCGAAGAGCGGCUCGCGCACCGCGCCCCCCUCGAAGAAGGCAACUACAACGGCUACCGACCGCUCGGCGCCGUCGAGAUCGCGCCCGGCAUGCGCGACAAUGUCGAAAUGUACAACCUCUUCAAGUUCAUUCCGCAAACGCAGCGCUCCCAGCCCGACGUCCUCAAGCGCCACUGGGCCGAGAUCGAGUCCGUCCACCGCCACAUCCACGAGCACAUGGCGCACAGACUCCUCCGGCUACUGGCUAUCGCACUCGAGCUGUCCGACGAGGACGCCCUCGUCCGUGGACACCGCUACGAUGCAAACUGUGACAGUGCGCUGCGGUAUAUGAUGUCGCGCGCGCGCUCGGCGGAGGAGAAUGCCCGCUGUGCGGGCUUGUAUACGCGUGGACAUACGGACUUCGGGACCCUGACGUUUGUGUUUCAGCAGCCUGUGGCGGCGCUGCAGGUGAAGAGGGCUCCUGAGGCUGAGUGGCAGUGGUUGCGGAUUCCGGAGGGCCAUGUGGCGGUUAAUAUUGCGGAUAUGGUUGAGUUGAUGUCGAAUGGGUAUUUCAAGAGUGGUGUGCAUAGGGUGGUUGCGCCGCCGGAGGAUCAGGCGGGAUCGGAUAGGUUGGGUUUGCUGUAUUUUGUGCGUCCAAGUGAGGAGCUGAGUUUGAGGGGUUUGGGUGCGCUUGAUAGUCCGCUUUUGAAGCGGUUGGGGUAUUGUCGCGAUGCGGGUCAAGAGGCUGUUGUGACGGAUGAUGAGGGUAAGGCGGAUAUUCCGGCGACGGAGUGGGUUCGUGCUAGGGUGAGGAAGAAUUGGGUCCGGUCGGAUACGAAGGAUGUGUUGAGUAUGGGGAAUUUUCGGACUCAGCUUGUGUAUGAUUGA